GCAAAGUGGCAUAAUUACAAUAGAGAAAAAAAACACAUGUUCGAAAUAAUAAGGCACGCUCGAGUGUCUCCCGGUAUCAUCACAGAGAAUCGCCUGACGUGGAAACAUUCUCCCCCGCACUACUCAUUUGCUUGCGUUUCGUUUUCCAGUGUUGUUUGUUGUUAGCACAAGUUUAACACAAUAUGUCGACAAAAGACAAUGGUGAUAAUAUAAUUAAAGUCGACAAGUGGGAUGGGGCAGCAGUGAAAAACGCACUGGAUGACGUUGUAAAGAAUAUUUUAAUAAAAAAGUACAACUACAUUGAAAAUUUUACCCUUCUCGAUGGACGCUUGGCACUGAGUGCCAUUGCAGUGCUUGUGGCUGGUGUAGCUUUGGCUUGGGAUUAUUUUUAUCCCUUUCCAGCCUCUAAACCAGUGCUGCUUAUUUGUGUGUCUAUAUAUUUUGUGUUGUCAGUUAUUAUCACUUUUUACACGUCAUACAUGGAAAAGGGAAUCUUUGUUGUUGCAAUCCAGAGGGAUCCAUCAGGAUAUGAUCCGGAUAUUGUUUGGGAAGCAAGUUCUUACAUGAAGAAGUACGAUGACAAGUACAGUUUGAUACUUUCAAUGAAGAAUUCAAGUACUGGUGUAUCGAAUGAAGCGUCGGCGACAAAGUCGGUAGCUAACUUUAUAGAUGUUAAUGGAGUUGUGAUACCAGAGUUAGUUGAAGCAGUUGUGUCAAAUUUGCAUGACAGCUUAUCCUCUGAACGAAAAGAUAAAUGAUAACUUUACUUUUUUUAUAUUGAUAAUGUGUGCUGACUUUUUUUUAUUCUUUGUGAUAUUUUAACAAAGACCUUAUUCUUCAAAUAAAAAAUAAAAAAAAA